GUGUAGAUGACGUUACGUCGUGAAAAAGGGCCGUGCUGGACGCAGACGGUUGAGUUCGCGGAGUGCAUUUCGCAUUUAAUAGUUAGCCACCUUACCUUGAAACAUCCGAGUACGCCUUUGUAUAACAUAAAAAUUUAAAGAUUUAAAGAGACGAUAUAUAGCGUUGCGUUCGACCGUAAGCAUCGAGGUGACGAACGUUGAUAAAAGCUAGCACGUACGACAUAAUUUGUUUUCUGCCAACAUGAGAGGUGGGUCUUCUUACGGCGACAGAGACAGAGGGCGAGACAGGCCCCGUUUCGGACCUCCAAGUAGUCGCGGUGGUCCCCCGCCUAUGAAGUUUGGAAGUCCAGGGGAACGUCUGAAGAAGAAAAGGUGGAACCUGAGUGAACUUCCCAAGUUUGAAAAGAACUUUUACACUGAACAUCCGGAUUUGCAACGCAUGAGCACGUAUGAAAUUGAAGAAUUUCGCCGGAAGAAGGAGAUCACCAUCAAAGGCUCCGGCUGUCCGAAGCCCAUCAUCACCUUCCAACAGGCACAAUUUCCACAAUAUGUCAUGGACGUGCUGAUGGCACAGAACUUCAAGGAGCCCACAGCCAUCCAGUCGCAGGGUUUUCCAAUGGCCCUAAGUGGAAGGGACAUGGUUGGAAUUGCCCAGACCGGCUCUGGAAAGACCCUCGCAUAUCUUCUCCCUGCCAUCGUGCACAUCAAUCAUCAGCCCUAUUUAGAAAGAGGAGACGGUCCAAUUUGUCUGGUACUUGCCCCUACGCGGGAGCUGGCUCAACAGGUGCAGCAGGUUGCAUAUGAUUAUGGCAAGUCUUCCAGGAUAAAAAGUACCUGCGUCUAUGGGGGAGCACCCAAAGGCCCACAGAUUAGAGACCUGGAAAGAGGCGUUGAGAUUUGCAUCGCCACACCAGGACGCCUCAUUGACUUCUUGGAGGCUGGUAAGACAAACCUGGGACGCUGCACUUACCUGGUGCUGGAUGAAGCGGACCGCAUGCUGGACAUGGGCUUUGAGCCGCAGAUUCGCAAGAUACUGGAUCAAAUCCGGCCAGACAGACAGACCCUGAUGUGGAGUGCCACUUGGCCAAAAGAAGUCCGACAGCUGGCGGAAGACUUCUUGAGUGAUUAUAUUCAGAUUAAUGUUGGAGCUCUGGAGCUCAGUGCCAACCACAACAUCCUACAAAUUGUCGACGUGUGCAUGGACAGCGAGAAAGAUAACAAACUUAUUCAGCUAAUGGAGGAGAUCAUGGCCGAGAAGGAGAACAAAACCAUCAUUUUUGUGGAAACCAAAAAGCGUUGCGACGAUCUAACCAGAAGAAUGAGGAGGGAUGGGUGGCCUGCCAUGUGUAUCCAUGGAGACAAGAGCCAGCCAGAGAGAGACUGGGUACUUGCAGAGUUCCGAAGUGGGAAAGCUCCCAUUCUCAUCGCCACCGACGUCGCAUCACGUGGACUGGAUGUGGAAGACGUCAAGUUCGUCAUCAACUACGACUACCCCAACUGCUCUGAGGAUUACGUGCACCGUAUCGGACGCACCGCGCGCAGCACCAACAAGGGCACCGCCUACACCUUCUUCACUCCGGGGAACACACGCCAGGCCCGAGACCUGGUCAGGGUGCUGCAGGAGGCUCGGCAAGCCAUCAACCCCAAACUGCUGCAGCUGGUGGAUUCUGGCCGCGGCGGAGGAGGAGGCGGCAGAUCACGUUACCGUGGCAGCAACUCCAACAACCCCAACAUGAUGUACCAGGACGAGUGCAACCGCCGCAUGCGGGACGGAGGCAGCGGCCGAGACGGACGCAGCAGCUUCGGCCGCAACAGCCGCGACGGUGACCGUUCCGCGUCCUACAGGGACCGAAGCCGGGAGGACAGGAGCGGCUACGGCUCAGAUCAGUACCAGAGCUACGGCAACAACAAUAACAGCGGCGGCGGCGCUGGGGGGUACAACCCUCGCAGCGGGGCUCAGCCUGGGAGCAGCGGGCCCAUGGCUCCCACCGGGCCGUUCGGUCCACCUGCUGCUCCCGCUGCACCUGCUGUGCCUCACGUGGGCCCUCAGCCUCUGAUGACUCAGCAGUUUCCUGCGCCACAGCCUCCAUUGAUGGGCUUCAUUGGGCAGCAGCCUUGUUCCUUUCCUCCUCACCCCCCCGUCCCUCCAGCACACAAUUAGAAGUUUGAGUUUUCAGCUGUCCUCUGACCUUCUUUUUGUUUCCAAUGUCAUUGUGAACAUCCAUCUCAAGUUUGCCCCCAAAAAAUGUUGAAGCCCAGAUUAAAAUACUCACAAAGCUCUUACGAAACACUCAAACAUGGAUUUUCAAUUGACCCCGGCGACCGAGCACUUCAGUUUAUGAGCUCACAUUGGUCAAAUAUGUUUCUACUUUUUAACACUGACCAUAAUCUUACGGAGCUACAAUCUAUUUUGUAUAUUUCUAAAGCUAAUAUUUAGUUUCUGGUGUUUAGUUUCCCUCUGGUUUACAUGGAAUAGUUCAAUGUAGUUUGUAAAUCUUUCGCCAUCACAAGUGAAAUUGAAGGAGUUCUGUCUCCAUUAAUGUGUGUUUUGUACUUUGACAUAACCAUCGUACGCUUGUUCAUAUCGAUAUGAGGAUUUCAGUUGUUUUACUGUGGAUUAUAAUCUAUAAAGAAUUUGGUUUGAUGAGGAUAAAUGUGCAGGAAGUGGAGUCCAGGGUUGAGAAGAAACCAUUCAUCUUUUGUUGAGUUAAAGUAUGGUUGGGACUGUUGCAGCAGAAGACCAGCAAGGUGAACGAAUUGCAAACUGUUUCGGGGAGGGAAACCUCAAGACGUUUGUUCUGUUGAAACCAAGGAUUAGAAAAGGCCAUGAAACUGAUCAACAAGCUUGUGUACAGAGGGAUCAAGCUACCAUAUUUAGCCGUGUUCACCGACUGGUCUAGUGUCGUGUAGUGUGCUGGCGUCCAGUGUAGAGAUCAAUAGAAAUGCAGUGUUGUGCGUAAAUGGCCGAAACCAAAGUUCACCACCUGGCUGGUUUCAAUAUAUUCCCAACUUUUCCAGUGGCAACAGAAAUACACCGUUGAGUGUGUCAUCAGUUCCCUCGUUCUUUGGGAGUCGUCGUGUAAGGUGCUAAAGCUGCCAAGAUAAUUCUCCAAGCAUAUAUCUCAAACUCAGGAGUUCUUGAUGUCAGUGCGAAAGAUUAAUACACUUUCUGCUUUAUAUUUGGCCUGAGCCAAAGGGCUUCACAUUCCAGAGUUGUGUGUUGUAUUUGCAUGUGAUUCUUGUGCUUUGUAUCCUUUUUCAGAUGAUGUGUUGUUCAGCAUGUUUUUUUUUUUUUGAUGUAUUCAGAUUUUUUUUCUACUGAUAACAUGUUGAUAGCUUCACUAUUAUUCAGGCUUAAGUAGUUUUGCUUUCCUCUGUAAUAUCCGAUUGAGUGGCGGGGAGUGAUCGUCACAAUAAGCUUUUAGGUCUGUAAAUAUGCCAAAUAUCAGGCUAAAGUGAGAAAGAAUUGGUUAGUUAUGGCGAUUACACAUGGCUUUGUACUUUGCUGAAUAAAAUUCAUUUCAUAUUA